CACCUCGUUGAUCAUCACGCAUUCGACUCGUUUCGGCCGACUGGACGGUCUGCAGUGCGGCUCUCAACUUGCCCACCAUCCUCGACGUUCACGAUGGCACUCGUCCAAGAUUCUGUGCCAUCCAAGGCUGAAGAAGCUGCCGGUGUGCACACUCCGAUACAGGACGAUCCUGGUUGGACACCGCAGGAGGCGAGUAGGGUGUUGUGGAAAGUAGAUUUGCUGCUUAUGCCUGUCCUUACCUUUUCCUAUGGCCUGCAAUUCUAUGACAAGUUCGUCUUCUCGAGCGGGGCGCUGUUUGGAAUGCUUGCGGAUCUGCAGCUGCAGACGUCUGUGCCUGGAACGAACACGAUGAGCACAUUACGAUACUCGACCGCCACUGCUGCCUUUUAUUGGGGUUAUAUCGUCGGCGUGCUUCCUAUCGCCCUCCUUCUCCAGCGUCUCCCGGUUGCGAAAGCGUUAUCGACACUGAUCUUCGUAUGGGGAGUGAUCGUCAUCUUAACAGUCACGGUUACCUCCUUCCCUGGUGCUGUAGUCCAACGUUUCUUCCUCGGUCUGGUGGAGUCCGCCGUUUCCCCAGGCUUUGUCCUCGUAAGCAGCAUGUGGUACACGCGCUCCGAGCUCCCCCUCCGCCUAGGCAUCUGGUACUCCGCCACCGGCCUCUUUACAAUCUUCUCCGGCCUCAUAAACUGGGGUAUCGGUUCCGCCUCCCAGACCGCGCCCCUCCCAGGGUGGAAAUACAUGUACCUCUUCGCCGGCUCACUCACGCUGCUCUGGUCUGUCCUCCUCCUCUUCCUUCUCCCCGACUCGCCAGCUACCAGCCACAGGUGGUUCAACGAGAAAGAGCGGAGGAUACUCCUGAGCCGCAUGAGGGGUAACCUAGCAGGCGCAGAUAGCAGGGUGCUCAAGUGGUACCAGGUAAGGGAGGCGGCGUGUGACUGGAAGGUGUGGUUGAUGGGCGCUAUGGGAGCGGCGAUAUAUGUCUGCAAUGGGGGUGUGACCGCGUUUGGUAGUCUGAUUAUCAAAUCCUUUGGGUAUUCGAGCUUGCGGUCUAUCGUACUCCAGACUCCUGGAGGCGCAACCACAUGCGUAGCGAUCUACAUCUCUGGAUUCCUAGCCAGCCGAUAUCGUAACAUCCGCUGUCUCCUGCUCGCCCUCACCUGCCUCCCCGUCAUGGCAGGCGGGAUCAUCAUCUGGCGCGCUUCCUGGCACCCUCCGGGCGUAGCGCUCUUCGGGUACUACCUGCUGCCCAUCUUCGGCGCGCCGUACGUGCUCCUCCUCGCUCUGGCGAGCAAUAACAUCGCUGGUGGGAGCAAGAAGGCAUGUGCGACUGCGGCCGUGUUCGUGGGUUAUAACGUGGGGAAUAUCGUUGGCCCCUAUCUGGUGAACACUGCUCAAGCACCGGAGAAGUACAGGACGACGUGGAUAAGCAUUAUCGUCGUUAUGUCGUUUACGAUUUUCGGCUCGGCCCUCUUGGCAGUGACAUGGGCAAGGGAGAAUGCAAGGAGGGAUCGCUUGCCACCCCCGGAGAGGGAAGAGGAAGGGACGGAGAAGGUUGGCGAACAGACUGGGAGGACCGAAACCGAUUUUGGAAGUGCGGAUGGGAUCAUGCACGUCGAGAAGGACCGCACAGAUUGGGAGAAUUUGGCGUUUAGGUAUUCGUUAUGAGAACAAUCGACAUUGAACGGGAUUUAUAUGGGAACACCAAGGAAUAGACAAAGGAAAUAGAAUGCAACAAUGUCAAUAUCUCUGCUUGCGCAAGAACACGGUUCGAGGCACCCAACAAUCGAGCCUGCUGGAAAUGUCCCAAGCAAGCUGCAAUUGGCGGUGACAGAAUGUGCGCUGCAUGAGGGCUGUCCAUCAGAGGACCGCUUCGGUAGGGCAAUGGGCUGGCGGACAAGAGUCUGUCCUCGAGUUCAGUUGCCUGCCUCCCCGAGAAUAGUUGAGUGUGACUUGAGUCUGAACAGCCCGCCAACUGCAAGUGGUCCGCAAUACUUGAACACUCUACGUCAUCAGUGUUGAAGACAUGCGUUCCACAACAAGCUCCCCAAACCCGGAUUGACAGCCGCACAGAAAAGGAUGGCAGGUAAAGCUGUCUGCCCCCUGGCAUCCGCGAGAUUGAACAGUUGCAACACACCCAGAAGACGGAAGUGAAGAACGUGGGACACCUGACGCGGACACCAAUCCGUUUGACAAGGACUGGAAUAGCAGAAUUCGCUGUCAGUCCCGACGGCGAUUGGUGUAGUCGUCAGGCGUCCGCUCAACGAGCCACCAGCAUGCGAGGCGUAAACAGAGCUGCGAGAUCAACGAGGGAUGCCGGCAUGGUCAGUAGGCGUGACUCGAACACUGACCGAAUCCGUCUACUCGGUAACAGCCUUGAAAGACUGCAUGGAGAGGGACAACCGGAUCAGUGUUGGAGACAUGCGUUCCCAAGUAACGGGAGCAUAGGGGAACACCGAGAUGGAUAGGAUUGGUU